GGUGGCAAGGCCUCCAAGGGCGCCAGGGGCAAAGGCGGCAAGGGCAAGGGUGUCCACAAGAGCGGCAAGGGCGCCACGGACAAGGGCAAGCCCUCCAAGGUGAAGGCCACGGACCACAGCGGCGACGUGGAGGGCGACAUCGCCAAGAACAUGCAGAUCAUCAUCCAGUGCAGGGAGCUGUGCGAGGUGCAUGGCCACUACAAGGUCGGGAUAUCGUCCCGACCGAAGAAGGCGAACGGCGGCUGGGAGGUCCACAUCCAGAACAAGGGCCCCCAGAAGUGGUCGAGGCUCUCUAGCGCGACGGACAGCUCGCUCAAGGAGACC